ACUCCGAGUUUCUUCAGCCGCAUCAGGGAAUCAUGAAUCGGCUGAGAGGCCGAGGUGCAUCGCUUCUGGGUUCGGCAGUUGUGCCUCAGCUGAAGAAAAAAGCCCUAAAUUCAUUGGUCGCCGUCCAGGAUUCGUAUCUCUCCACCAAGGACUUGUUCGAGAGGCACAGGGUCGUAUUUACAGUUGGAACUUCUAUAGCAUCUGUUGCUACGGCUUGGAUUGGUUACUCAUUACGACAUUACAAUGAAACUAGAAUUAAUCAGAGGCUGGAGUCCAUUGAGAAUGCGAUGAAAAACACCCAAGAUUUAGAACGAGGAGAACUGAAGAAGCUCGUUGAUCCAGUCGGUUCCAGGUUCACUACAACAAUUGCAACCGCUGGAACCACUUUGAUCCUCGGGUAUGGUUUGGGUUGGCGAGGCGGGAUAUGGUAUGCAAAUAGGAAGUUUAGAAGGGAGCAAAUGAGAUUGGCCGGGCAGUUAAAACCGAGAGAAUGGAAGUUAUUAGGAAGGAUAAAACCUCGAGCUUGGCCAACAACAAAGUUUCUCAGACGACCAUUCCCAAGACAGAACAAAACAGCAGAAAAUGCUUUGAAGGCACCAGAAAAACAUGUCCUCGAGAACGUUUUAGAGAGCGUGCUUCAGUUCCUCACUUCCAGAUGCGAUCGCAACGCCGUGUCAUUGGUCUGCAAAUCGUGCUCAGACCCGAUUCGAGGUUUAUCGAAGAAAGAGAGGGAAGAAACUAUGGAAAGAAAAAUGUACAAAUCAACGUUGUUCACAAUUUGCUUCCUGUUGUUUGCCUUGUUCGAUCGCGGCAAUGCUCUCUAUGGAUCUUCUUCGCCUGUUCUUCAACUCACUCCUUCUAAUUUCAAGUCUAAGGUUCUUAAUUCAAAUGGUGUCGUUUUGGUAGAGUUCUUUGCGCCAUGGUGUGGUCAUUGUCAAUCUCUAACACCAACUUGGGAGAAGGUUGCUAAUACCUUGAAAGGUAUUGCUACUGUGGCUGCCAUUGAUGCUGACGUUCACAAGUCUGUCUCUCAGGAUUAUGGUGUGAGGGGUUUCCCAACCAUUAAAGUAUUUGUUCCCGGGAAGCCUCCAAUUGAUUACCAAGGAGCAAGGGAUGCCAAAUCCAUUUCUCAAUUUGCUAUCAAGCAGAUUAAGACGCUGUUAAAGGAUCGUUUGGAUGGUAAAACAACUGGUACAAAAAAUGGAGGAGGAUCCAGUGAGAAGAAAAAAUCUGAGCCUAGCGCCUCUGUGGAACUAAACUCUAGCAACUUUGAUGAGUUGGUCGUUGAAAGCAAAGAACUUUGGAUUGUCGAGUUUUUUGCACCUUGGUGUGGACACUGCAAAAAGCUAGCUCCUGAGUGGAAAAAGGCUGCUAACAAGUUGCAGGGGAAGGUCAAACUAGGUCAUGUCAAUUGUGAUGCUGAGCAGUCGAUAAAGAGCAGAUUCAAAGUGCAAGGAUUUCCCACUAUCUUGGUCUUUGGUGCAGACAAAAGUAGCCCAGUACCUUAUGAGGGUGCUAGAUCUGCAUCAGCAAUAGAAUCUUUUGCUCUGGAACAGCUAGAAUCCAAUGCUGGACCUGUUGAAGUAACUGAACUAACUGGGCCGGAUGUCAUGGAAGAGAAGUGUGGUCCUGCUGCUAUUUGUUUUGUUUCUUUCUUACCUGACAUUCUGGACUCAAAAGCUGAAGGAAGGAACAAGUAUCUAGAGAUGUUAUUAUCAGUUGCAGACAAGUUUAAGAAAGACCCUUACGGCUUUGUGUGGGUGGCUGCUGGGAAGCAACCUGAUUUGGAGAAGCGUGUUGGUGUUGGAGGAUAUGGUUAUCCAGCAAUGGUAGCCUUAAACGCCAAGAAAGGAGCUUAUGCUCCACUUAAAAGCGGUUUUGAGGUUAAACACAUCAAAGAUUUCGUAAAGGAAGCUGCGAAAGGAGGAAAAGGGAAUUUGCCUAUAGACGGAACAAUGGAGAUAGUGAAGACAGAAGCUUGGGAUGGUAAAGACGGAGAGGUGGUUGAUGCAGAUGAAUUCUCACUUGAAGAACUCAUGGGAAAUGAUGAUGAUACUUCCACUGAGUCCAAGGACGACUUGUGAACUUCUCUUUUACCGCAUUGAUAAGGGUUUUGGUUUCCUGAAAGACUUAAAGUGUCCCACUCAAGGACAGUGAUUAUCAUUUCAUAGAUUUAGAAACAGAGUACACACUUUUGGAUUCCAUAUAGAUACGGAAUUUGGUGAAUCUUUCGGCUUUUGUAUGAAGUUGAACACGCUAGCUAACAGUCUAAC